AUGAAGACUCUUCACAUCUUCCUCUUCCUUCUGGUCAACCUUUUGCAGUCACUUGCACAAGAAGAUCUUGACAAGAAGGUGUUCAUCUUCCCAGAGUCGUCCAACACUAGCCAUGUGCUGUUGAAGCCCAGCUUUGCGCGGCCAUUGACCGGCUUCACAAUCUGUCUGUGGUCUUACACAGACAUGACCCGUGCCCACACCCUCUUCUCUUACGCCACCAAGACAAACGACAACGAGAUCGUCAUCUUCAAAUCCAAACCCAACGAGUACAGCCUUUAUGUCGGAACGUCCGACGUGCUCUUCAUCUUCCCCGAACACAUGACCGUGAAGCCUUCGUGGGAGCAUAUAUGUAUGAGUUGGGAGUCCGGCACCGGGCUGGUCGAAUUCUGGUUGGAUGGGCAACCUCUUCCACGGAACGGCAUGAUGAAAGGGCACCGGAUAAGUCCAGAGGCAUCUAUUGUCCUUGGGCAGGACCAGGAUGCCUUUGGCAGUGGGUUUGAUAUCAACCAAUCCUUUGUUGGGGAGAUAAGAGAUGUAUAUAUGUGGGAUCGGGUGCUGUCGGAGAAUGAAAUGUGCCUGGUAUGGAGCAAUUCCGUUCCUCCCAGCCCUGCGAUUGACUGGAAGGCACUGAAUUAUGUCAUCAGAGAUUAUGUCAUCCUUAAGCCAUCUCUGUCUUCCGUCUGCAGAGCUGGGUAGACUGCAAAUCAAUAGUUUCAAUCAGGGAUGAGAACAUGUGGCCUUCCGAACGUUGUUACACCAUACAUACAUUACAC